AUCAGCGAAUGAAUUAUCUCCAUCCCCUGAACCCAAUCAGAAAUCCUUUAUCCCAAUACCCUGGCCCUCUAGCUCUUCAAUCGUUGCCGUUGUUACCUCUUUACUUUUCCUGCGGAAUAACUGGAGUUGAAACUCCGAAUGGUCGAGAUUUAUAAAGCUCCUCAUAGAGUGUUCCAUUGUCUCUUCCCUUCUGUUUGAAUAUGUGUGUAUAUAUAUAUUUAACAUAACGAAACCCUAUUUCUUCUUUGGUCAAGUUAAGCCUGAAUGACCCUGCUUCUGUUGAUCUUGUCAUGGAUUGGAUAGUUUAUACUGGGUGGUUAAUUCUUCUAUGAAUUGACGCAAAGUGCAAUAAGCUGCCCAAGGAGUACACAUCAGCAUCUUGCCUUGGGUCUGCAUACAUGAAGAUUCACUUGAAGUAUCAAGUAUCAUACUUCCGGUAUGUUCUGAAGUGCCGGCAAAUCGAUCCUUUAUGGAAAAAGUUCUCAUCUUCAUCAAAUGGGCCUUCUUCUUCCGAUCCAUACGAAAAGGUUGUUCCCUCUGUGGAGGGGAGAAAUCAAUAUCAUUCUGGAAAUUCGCUUUGCCACAGCCAAGUGGUGGACGAUGUAUGCCGGGUUUUGGGGACUGAUCCCUGGGGACCAGCGACUGAGAAUGCACUGUCCAUGCUUGUUGAAAAGCCUCAACCAGAAAUAGUUGUUGGAGUAUUAAGGAGGUUAGAUGAUGUCAAGAAGGCAUUACACUAUUUUAGGUGGGUGGAGGGAAAAACUGAACAAGCACAUCAUCCUGAAUCAUACAAUUCACUUCUCAGGGUCAUGGCUAGGAGCAAAAACUUCGACUUCUUGGAACAGAUUCUUGAAGAGAUGAGUAUUGCUGGAUUUGGACCAUCUAUUGAUACCUGCGUCGAACUAGUUGCCUCCUCUGUCAAAUCACGGAAGUUGAGAGAAGCUGUUGGCAUUGUUGAAACAAUGAGGAAAUUCAAAUUUCGCCCUGCUUUUUCAGCUUACACAACGUUGAUUGGUGCCCUCUCAGCAUCUCGUGCUAAUGAAUCUGAUCUUAUGCUCAGACUUCUUCGCCAAAUGCAAGAACUAGGUUAUGAAAUAAGUGUUCAUUUGUUCACUACCCUUGUCCGUGAAUUUGCCAAGGAGGGCCUUGUUGAUGCUGCACUUUCCUUCUUGGAUGAGAUGAAGAGUAAUUCAAUCAAUGCUGAUGUAGUUCUCUAUAAUGUAUGUAUAGAUUGUUUUGGCAAAGUUGGUAAGGUGGACAUGGCCUGGAAAUUCUUCCAUGAAAUGAAAGCACAUGGGUUAAUGCCUGAUGAUGUGACAUACACUAGCAUGAUAGGGGUUCUUUGCAAGGCUGGGAGGUUGGAGGAAGCUGUUGAGCUGUUUGAACAAAUGGAUCUCAACAGGAGUGUACCUUGUGUAUAUGCUUAUAAUACCAUGAUAAUGGGUUAUGGUUCGGUUGGAAAGUUUGAUGAAGCAUACAGUUUACUUGAGAGGCAAAAGAGAAAGGGAUGUAUUCCUAGUGUAAUUGCAUACAAUUGCAUUCUUACUUGCCUAGGGAAAAAGGGUAAAAUAGAGGAAGCAUUGAGUGUCUAUGAAGAAAUGAAAAAGGAUGCACCUCCCAAUCUUACAACCUACAAUAUUUUAGUUGACAUGCUUUGCAGAGCAGGAAAAGUUGAUUCUGUUAUGGUUGUUCAGGAUGUGAUGGAAAGAGCUGGCUUGUUCCCUAAUAUCAUAACUAUAAACAUAAUGAUUGAUCGACUGUGCAAGGCUCAAAGACUUGAUGAAGCUUGUUCCAUCUUCUUACAAUUGGACCAUAAAGCUUGCACACCUGAUGCUGGAACAUUUUGUUCUCUUAUUGAUGGCUUGGGCAGACAUGGCAGGGUGGGUGAUGCCUACAAGCUGUAUGAACAGAUGUUAGACUCUGGUCAGAUUCCAAAUGUUGUUGUAUAUACUUCUCUUAUCAAGAAUUUCUUCCAGUGUAAUAGGAAAGAGGAUGCACACAAAAUUUACAAAGAGAUGCUCCAUAGUGGCUGUUCUCCGGAUCUUGUGCUCCUAAAUACUUAUAUGGAUUGUGUUUUCAAAUCUGGUGAAAUUGAGAAAGGGAGGGCUUUAUUUGAAGAAAUAAAAACUCAAGGGUUAACUCCUGAUGUUAGGAGCUAUUCAAUUUUAAUUCAUGGUCUUGUUAAAGCAGGUUUUGCAAAAGAAACUUAUAAAUUAUUUUAUGAGAUGAAGGAGCAAGGAUUGCAUUUGGAUACCCGUGCUUACAAUGCUGUUAUUGAUGGAUUCUGCAAGGCUGGAAAGGUAAAUAAAGCUUAUGAACUGCUUGAGGAAAUGAAGACAAAGGGUUUCCAACCUACUGUUGUGACUUAUGGUUCUGUGAUCGAUGGACUUGCUAAGAUAGAUAGGCUUGAUGAAGCAUACAUGUUGUUUGAAGAAGCAAAAUCAAAAGGUAUAGAUGUUAACGUAGUCAUCUAUAGUAGCCUGAUUGAUGGGUUUGGGAAGGUGGGAAGGAUUGAUGAAGCAUAUUUAAUUAUGGAGGAGUUAAUGCAGAGAGGUCUGACCCCUACUAUAUUCACAUGGAAUUGCUUACUUGAUGCAUUGGUGAAAGCUGAGGAAAUUGAUGAAGCUCUUGUCUGCUUUCAAUCCAUUAAGGACAUGAAAUGUCAUCCAGAUGUAGUAACCUACAGCAUUAUGAUAAAUGGUCUUUGCAAGGUUAGAAAAUUUAACAAGGCCUUUGUAUUUUGGCAGGAGAUGCAGAAAAAGGGGUUAAAGCCCAAUACCAUCACGUAUACCAACAUGAUAUCAGGACUUGCAAAGGCUGGAAAUGUUUACGAGGCUAAUGAUCUCUUUGGGAGAUUUAAGGCAAAUGGUGGCAUGCCUGAUUCGGCUUGUUAUAAUGCUAUGAUAGAAGGCUUAAGCAAUGCGAAUAAAGCAAUAGAUGCAUAUGCACUUUUUGAGGAGACUCGAAUGAAAGGCUGUCGCAUAAAUGGCAAAACCUGCAUUGUUCUUUUAGAUGCAUUGCAUAAGGCUGAUUGCCUUGAGCAGGCGGCAAUUGUUGGGGCUGUCUUAAAGGAGAUGGCCAAGUCCCAACAUGCUACAAGAUUUAAUUGAGAACAGGAUGUCUAUUCGUUAUUGGUCCUGGAAGAAUAAGAAGUCUUUCUUUUGGACCUAAAUAAGUGCUAUUUUCUGAGUAACAUGCUUUAAUACCCUUUCUCAUUUGCUCUGGCCAAGCAAUUUGAGGGGAACAUAGAAAAUUUGUCAUUUCCUCGGACUCAUUGAGGUUGAUGGUCUCACCCUUAAAGGGAGCAACUCUAUUCUUAGAAUUCUAUCAUUUUUGAAGGAUUGACAUAUAAUGGUACUGUCAAUGGACUGGCUUCAUCCCAUCAGUCCUCCUGCGGUAAUUCUGUUAGUUGCCAUUUUUUCAAGUCCGCUUGUCACUUGUCAAUUACUUUUGGAUAAAUUUAUUCACACCCCACCCUCCAAAAAACACCCCCACUCAUGGAAAAAAGAAAAAGAAAACGAGAAAAACCUGCCCUGUUGAUUAACUCAAAAACCAUGAAUGCCUAUAUUUUCAUGUGGUAUUGGAACACAUUGGUCUUUCUGGAAUGAAGGAAUCUCUAUUCCAGAGGCUAGUAUAAAUUGGUAAUACCAUUUUACUGUUCUGCCAUGAUGUCUCCUCUUAAUGACUAGGUUAGUUAUUUAUGCUAGUCUCUUUUUCAUGUUAUAGCAUAUAACUCAAUUGACUUGAGUCAUCGAACACAUCAGGGUUGUUCUUAUUUGGCGGCUCAUUGACUGUGCCAGUGCUCCCAUUUGUUCUAUUUUGAAACCUGUAAAAUGCUAUGGGGCUGAGUCAUGACAUUAGCGACCAAAACAUGUUGACCGCGUUGAGAAAUGGACUAGCGGAUAGUUUUUUUUUUUUUAUAAAGUAGAUUGCAACAAUUUGCAGAUAAUUGUGAAGAAAUUUAUGAAUACUGGGUUAGUUGCUGGACCAAACGAAGGUGUGUCUAGAAUGGGAUGAUGAAACAGCUGGAAUUUACAGGGGAUGCAGAUAAGGAAUAGGUUUCUGGGUACCUCUCAGCUUCGAAACUAAGGAAAAAUAAGUACGAUGCGAUUAGUGCUUCAGGCACUGUUUGUCACGAGCGAGAUGAGAGAUGCAUGAAGAUUUAUGAGCUGGAAAAGGUCCACUUCUUGAGCUUUUGUCAUGGCAUCGCCAAUCGCAGCAUCGAACAGAGGCUUUCAAUGAGAUUACGUUGCACUGGUAGAGAAGGGGACAAAGAAAAGACGGUAAGUUGGUAAAUUUGAAAUGCUAUGAAGGUAGAA